AUGUCAAGGUACCCAAUAAAACUUUCCCAGAUCUUCCAUUAGGAAAUCAAGAUAUUGACAAGGUGGAGGUUCGGAAAAGGCCAGCUGGAUACGUUUCUUAAAAUAGGGAUUUAAUUGUUUAUCUAACAAGAAUAAUAACUUCCUGUAUUCAAAUAUGACUGUUGCAUAGUAAUCUGAUCACUUUUCCUCCAGCAACUGUGCACGAUUCCUGAGAUGGCCCAGCGAUGAGAUGCAAGAGUUCCUGGCUCUUAACACAGACACCAGCACAGCCUUCGAGAAGAAAAUGUUUGUUAUGUCCAGGAUUGAUAAGGUGACCUACCAUGUACAGUGUCACAACUUUCACAGUUAAGAGAUAAAAGCAGUGCAUGAUAACUUGAGCCAAAAACAUGUCAAGUGAUAGAUAGAGAUAAUGGAAGAUGUGGUUUUUGGUUACCAUUUUUUUCUAAAGCUAGCCAUGGUGCUGGGUUUGUGCUGUGCAUCCUCCUAUCCUGUAUCUGGUUAUUGCUGUCUGCUGUAGAUGAUGACAAAUGCUGUAAACAUUCUGAAGACAGACUUCCCUCGUGCUGAGGAUGACCUGGAUGCAGAGCCUGCUGAUUGGAGGAAUGCCCCAGAAGGAAGGAAGAGGUGGGAGUCUUUCUCUUUCUCUCUCUCUUCUUUCUCUCUCUCUUCUUUCUCUCUCUCUUCUUUCUCUCUCUCUCUUCUUUCUCUCUCUCUCUUCUUUCUCUCUCUCUUCUUUCUCUCUCUCUUCCCUCUCUCUUUUUCUUUCUCUCGUUCUCUGUCUAUUUUAGUUACCAAAAAACGUUAGACUUAGAAUAACGUGAUUUUCCUGGGGGAACUUUCAAUUUCGCAUGUGUAUUGAUAACUACAGAGAGGUUUACAAAAUGUUUUAAUAUAUUAAUAAAGUAUUUCAAAAGAGAUUUGACACUGAAAAUCUUUGCCUGUCAAACUAUAUUGUUAUGUGUAAUGUGGUUAUUUUUGUUGUUUGUCAUGCUAGGUGUGUCUGGCUGAGGUUCUCCAGUAAAGUCACCCCUACUCUCAACAUGCUGUACCUGAAAUCCAUCCCAAAGUCAUGUACUGCUUCAAUGAAGGGAGCACUAUAAGUUAACCAUGGAAGUUUAAUUUGUCACUCACUCACUCACUCAUUCAUCUCUAUGCUCUGGUCUGUUUCUGCAGGUGUUCCUUGACCUGUCCCUGUCUGGUCUGGAAUGCUUUUUAAAGGACCAGGAGGCUCUGCUCUAUGCUCCCAGGAGAUGGGAAGCUGAUGAGUGGAGGUUCAGAGUGCUGCCUAACAAAGACAAGAAGGGAGGUGGGGGUCGGGAGAGAACAACGGGGGACAUGUAAUGUUUGUCGAAUGUCUACACGGGCCUGCAUUAUCAACCCAUUAUAUUCCUACACUCUUAGAAAAGGGUUCUUUGCAGAGGGAUAGUGUUCUACAAAGAAGCAUUUUGAUCAGAAUAACCCUUUUUGAAAGAAAGGGUUCUUUGAGGAAUCUUUGGAAGGCAAUAAGGAUUCUACAUAUAACCAUACAUAAUAUUUCCCAGCAUGCUUUAUUGCAGGGAGAUUUUCAGAAUUGUUUGUUUUACUGUAAAACACUAUAUGACCAAAAGUAUGUGGACACCUGCUCAUCGAACAUCUCAUUCCAAAAUCAUGGGUAUUAAUAUGGUGUUGGUCCCCCCUUUGCUGCUAUAACAGCAUCCACUCUUCUCGGAAGGCUUUCCACUAGAUGUUGGAACAUUGCUGCGGGGACUUGCUUCCAUUUAGCCACAAGAGCAUUAGUGAGGUUGGGCACUGAUGUUGGGCAAUUAGGCCUGGCUCGCAGUCUGCAUUCCACUUCAUCCCAAAGGUGUUCGAUGGGGUUGAGGUCAGGGCUCUGUGCAGGGCAGUCAAGUUCUUCCACACUGAUCUCGACAAACCAUUUCUGUAUGGCCCUCAAUUUGUGCACGGGGCAUUGUCAUGCUGAAACAAGAAAGGACCUUCCCCAAACUGUUGCCACAAAGUUGGAAGCACAGAAUCAUCUAGAAUGUCAUUGUAUGCUGUAGCAUUAAGAUUUCGCUUCACUGGGACUAAGGGGCCUAGCCCGAACCAUGAAAAACAGCCCCAGACCAUUAUUCCUACUCAACCAAACUUUACAGUUGGCACUAUGCAUUCGGGCAGGUAGCGUUCUCCUGGCCUCCGCCAAACCCAGAUUUGUCCAUCGGACUGCCAGAUGGUGAAGCGUGAUUCAUCACUCCAGAGAAAGCGUUUCCAUUGCUCCAGAGUCCUAUGGCAGAGUGCUUCACACCACUCCAGCCGACGCUUGGCAUUGUGCAUAGGGAUAUUAGGCUUGUGUGCGACUGCUCGGCCAUGGAAACCCAUUUCAUGAAGCUCCCGGACAGUUCUUGCCCUGACUUUGCUUACAGAGGCAGUUUGGAACUCUGUAGUGAGUGUUGCAACCGAGGACAGACAAUUUUUACACACCACGCGCUUCAGCACUCGGCGGUCCCGUUCUGUGAGCUUGUGUGGCCUACCACUUUGCGGUUGAGUCGUUGUUGCUCCUAGAAGUUUCUACUUCACAAUAACAGCACUUACAGUUGAUCGGGGCAGCUCUAGUAGGGCAGAAAUUUGACGAACUGACUUGUUGGAAAGGUGGCAUCCUAUGACGGUACCACGUUGAAAAUCACUGAGCUCUUCAGUAAGGCCAUUCUACUGCAAAUGUUUGCCAAACAGUUCUAUUUUUUGUUUCAUCAGACCAGAGGACAUUUCUCCAAAAAGUACAAUCUUUGUCCCCAUGUGCAGUUGCAAACCAUAGUCUGGCUUUUUUAUGGCGGUUUUGGAGCAGUGGCUUCUUCCUUGCUGAGCGGCCUUUCAGGUUAUGUCGAUAUAGGACUCGUUUUACUGUGGAUAUAGAUACUUUUGUACCUGUUUCUUCCAGCAUCUUCACAAGGUCCGUUGCUGUUGUUCUGGGAUUGAUUUGCACUUUUCGCACCAAAAUACGUUCAUCUCUAGGAGACAGAACGCGUAUCCUUCCUGAGCGGUAUGACGGCUGCGUGGUCCCAUGGUGUUUAUACUUGCGUACUAUUGUUUGUAUAGAUGAACAUGAUACCUUCAGGCAUUUGGAAAUUGCUCCCAAGGAUGAACCAGACUUGUGGAGGUCUACAAUUAUUUUUCUGAGGUCUUGGCUGAUUUAUUUUGAUGUUCCCAUGAUGUCAAGCAAAGAGGCACUGAGUUUGAAGGUAGGCCUUGAAAUACAUCCACAGGUACUACUCCAAUUGACUCAAAUUAUGUCAAUUAGCCUAUCAGAAGUUUCUAAAGCCAUGACAUCAUAUUCUGGAAUUUUCCAAGCUGUUUAAAGGCACAGUCAACUUAGUGUAUGUAAACUUCUGACCUACUGGAAUUGUAAUACAGUGAAUUAUAAGUGAAAUAAUCUGUCUGUAAACAAUUGUUGGAAAUAUUACUUGUGUCAUGCACAAAGUAGAUGUCCUAACCGACUUGCCAUAACCAUAGUUCGUUAACAAGAAAUUUGUGGAGUGGAUGAAAAACAAGUUUUAAUGACUCCAACCUAAGUGUAUGUAAACUUCCGACUUCAAUUGAUUGGUUGCUUAAUUUUAUGCUACACAAAGAUAAAUAACAUACCGUUUUUUAAACUAAUCCAAUCUGAGAUGGUAGUUCCAGUUAAUAUGAUUGAGGUAGUGUCAGCAUUCAAUCUUCCUUAUCCUGGCAGUCUUUCAUAAUGCAGGUUGCAGGUGAUUACAAUUCCACUUGUUGGACAUUACACUUCACUUUGCAAGCCAGCAUAAUGUGACUUGCAGGCCUGAUGUGGUGUGUAAACUGGUGAUGUUAUGUUUGAUGCCGGAGCUCUGAGGCAUGCAUAGAAAUCGCUAAGCAGUGUACUUUGAAGCAGUGUGCAUGUGAUCAAUGACGUCCAAAGCUGUGUUUCGUCAAACAACAACCUAAUUGGUUUGGUAGAAGACAGAAAGGUUAGGCUGCGCACAUGCUACGUUUGUGGGACAUCAUUUAUAAUAUACUGAACAAAAAUAUAAACGCAACAUGUAAAGUUUUGGUCCCAUGUUUAAUGAGCUGAAAUAAAAUAUCCCAGACAUGUUCCAUAUGCACAAAAAGCUUAUUUCUCUCAAAUGUUGUGUACAAAUUUGUUUAUAUCCCUGUUAGUGAGCAUUUCUCCUUUGCCAAGAUAAUCCAUCCACCUGACAGGUGUGGCAUAUGAAGAAGUUGAUUAACCAGCAUGAUCAUUACACAGGUGCACCUUUUGCUGGGGACAAUAAAAGGCCACUAUAAAAGGUGCAGUUUUGUCACACAACACAAUGCCACAGAUGUCUCAAGUUCUGAAGGAGGGUGCAAUUGGAAUGCUGACUGCAGGAAUGUCCAACAGCUGUUGCCAGGUAAUUGAAUAUUAAUUUCUCUACCAUAAGUCACCAAUGUUGUUUUAGAGAAUUUGGCAGUACGUCCAACCACUCUCACACCCGCAGACAACGUGUAACCACGCCAACCCAGGACCUCCACAUCCGGCUUCUUCACCUGAGGAUGGGGAGGGGGAGGGGGGGGGGCUGAGGAUAAUUUAUUUUGUGGGAAAACUCAUUAUGAUUGGCUUGGCCUGGCUCCCCAGUGGGUGGGCCUAUGCCCUCCCAGGCUCACCCAUGGCGGUGCCCCUGCCCAGUCAUUUGAAAUCCAUAGAUUAGGGCCUAAUGAAUUCAUUUAAAAUUGACUGAUUUCCUUCUAUGAACUGUAACUCAGUAAACUCUUUGUAAUUGUUGCAUGUUGCGUUUAUAUUUUUGUUCAGUACAAUUUGGCUGCUCUAAAUUAUUUUGACCAGCAGGUGCCACUAGUUUACACUGUUUUGAUCAAAACCUUGAGUAAUUAACCUUUUUGGACACAAUUGGCUAGAAAACCUCAAUGCUUCAGGAAGAUUGGUUUCCCCAUCACUACUGUAAACCAGGAGAUUCAUAACACCAUUGUGUUAGGGUAUAACUAUGCCCUCAAUUAUAUAUGUAAAAUAUUGUCAUAAAUAAUAACAUUUAAAGGCUAAUAAGGCUGGUGGAACGGUUCAUAGAGGGUUGUAUUAAGAGCUGUCCAAAAAUAAAAGGGUUCUCGGUAGAAUCCUUCAUAGACGGUUCUAGGAAGAACCUUUAGAUGACAAAAUGGUUCUUGGUAGAACCUUUUAUAUAGGGUUCUCGGCAGAAACUUUCAUAGAGGGUUCUAAGUAGAUCCAUAUACAUAGAGGGUCCUAGAUAGCAUCUUCUGCAAAGGUAUCUACCCAGCAUCAAAAAUGGUUACCUUAUGGGUACAAACCCUCUAUGAACGUAGCAUCUUUUUUUCUGAGUGUACAUGAUAGACUGUCAUAAAGCUGACUGUCUCUAUGUGGACUGUCUCUGCAAAACAGAUAUGUCAAUAUUAUUACUUUCUAAAUUAGAUAAUCUAAAAUGAGCAUACUCCACUCAGUUAUGUCCAGAAGGUGGUAUAACCUUGCACAGCCUCUGGAGGGAAGCACCAUACCACUGUUUUGAGGAUGCAGUGUUUACUAUCUAUCUGAGGCUAUCUAUCCAUUUGCCUUUAUUCUUGUUUCAGAACCAUGGCCCAGUAUUUGUACCAUCUAGCACAUUUUAUAUCUGUUUUGUAUCUGUUGCUUGCAUGCGUGACUGUAUGUGUGAAUCUGACUCUGACUCUGUGUAUGUGUGACGGUGCUGCAGACACGGCCGUGGCGGACGUACCUCUGAACAUCCUGUGUCUGCUGAUGAAGGACCAGUGGAGCUGGCUGUGCACUGAGAACAUCCAGAAGACCAUCAGACUGCUGUUUGGCACCUUCGUCGAGAGGUAG